CUCACUUAUCUUGUACUAUUUGUGGUUGCAGGACCCUUAACCAUUGCACCUGAUAUAAUGCUUUACAAGUUCUCUCAAACUACAUUCACAUCUCUACAUAUAUUUUCUUCUCUUCUUCUUCCAAACCCUUCUCUCUCAUUUUACUACUCGCAUUGUACAUUAAGUACAACCCUCUUCUUUAUACAAGUUUCAUUAAGCCCAUCUCUUUUUUCAACUACUUAUAUAUAUAUAUAUAUAUAUUAGCAUAGUUCUUUCUGAUCUCCAUGGAUUUUCAACCUAACACCUCUCUUCAUCUCAGCCUACCCAACAACCAGCUAAACCUAGAGCUUGUUCUUGAACCCUCAUCUUCAUCGUCCUCAUCACCACAUAGUCCAGCCGAGGCCAGAAUUUUCUCCUGCAACUACUGUCAAAGAAAGUUCUACAGCUCGCAGGCUCUAGGAGGCCAUCAAAAUGCCCACAAGCUCGAAAGAACACUGGCCAAGAAAAGCAGAGAGCUAAAUUCAUCUCUAAGGUCUCAUGGCGUAUCGAAUUCACGAUCCCCAGCACAUAGCUGCAUCAACGACUCCAGCUCCAGCCAUGGAAUUAGACAAAGCCAAUAUCACCAUCGCCAUAGUGGGAGGUUUGGCGGUGACAUGGUGAUGAACUACAGCGGCAUGAGGAGAGAGAUGAUGGAUUAUGGUUCGGGAGAGUCUUGGUCAAAGGGAUCGUAUAGAACUGAAAAUGUUCAGGAGGAGUUAAGCCAUCUUGACUUGUCUUUAAGGCUUUGAUUAAUUGUUUUAAUUUAAUUGAUACUGCUAUAGCUGUUUGUAAUUUUUCAACUGUGUUCUUCAUUUUCAUGAUUGAUGAUAAUGAUGAUGAUCAUCACAUAUUGAAUGUUUGAUAUGAAUAUUAAAAUUUUAGCAGAAAAAAGUGGAUAGAUC